AUCCCGGCGACUGCUGCAGCGCCGGCUCCCUCCCGGUCCCCGCCUCGGCCCCGGGCUCCCAGCGGCUCCGGGGCGCCCUUUCGGUCUGAGUCGUCAGUCUACUCCAGCCCCAGCCCCUAGGGACCCAGGCUCGCCCGCGCCCAGCAGGGAGCCAGCCGGGAAACGUGAUGGGGGUUUCUUCCGUCCUUCCCCUGCUCUUGCUCUUCGCCUGCUGCUGGGCGCUCGGCAGGGCCAACCUCUCCCAGGACGGCUACUGGCAGGAGCAGAAUUUGGAGCUGGGGACUCUGGCUCCACUGGACGAGGCUAUCAGCUCCACAGUCUGGAGUAGCCCUGACAUGCUGGCCAGUCAAGACAGUCAGCCCUGGACAUCUGAUGAGACAGUGGUGGCUGGUGGCACCGUGGUGCUCAAGUGCCAAGUGAAAGACCAUGAGGACUCAUCCCUGCAGUGGUCUAACCCUGCCCAGCAGACUCUCUACUUUGGGGAGAAGAGAGCCCUUCGAGAUAAUCGGAUUCAGCUGGUGAAGUCCACGCCCCAUGAGCUCAGUAUCAGCAUCAGCAACGUGGCCCUGGCAGACGAGGGCGAGUACACCUGCUCCAUCUUCACUAUGCCCGUGAGAACCGCCAAGUCCCUCGUCACUGUGCUUGGAAUCCCACAGAAGCCCAUAAUCACUGGCUACAAGUCCUCGUUACGGGAAGAGGAGACAAUCAUCCUAAACUGUCAGUCUUCUGGGAGCAAACCUGCAGCUCAACUCACCUGGAGGAAGGGUGAGCAAGUGCUUCCUGGAGAACCAACCCAAAUACAGGAAGAUCCUAAUGGUAAAACCUUCACCGUGAGCAGCUCAGUGAUGUUCCAGGUUACCCGAGAGGAUGAUGGGGCAGACAUCCUUUGCUCUGUGAAGCAUGAAUCUCUAAAAGGAGCUGACAGAUCUACCUCUCAACGCAUUGAAGUUUUAUACACGCCAACGGCGAAGAUUAGGCCAGAGCCUGCACAUCCCCGUGAGGGCCAGAAGCUGUCAUUACACUGUGAGGGGCGUGGCAACCCCAACCCCCAGCAGUACCUAUGGGAGAAGGAAGGUAGUGAGCCGCCCCAGAAGAUAACCCAGGAGAAAGCCCUGAUCUUCCCGUUCCUCAACAAAAGUGACAGCGGCAUCUACGGCUGCACGGCCACCAGCAAGAUGGGCAGCUACAAGGCUUACUACACUCUCAAUGUGAAUGACCCCAGUCCGGUGCCCUCAACCUCCAGCACCUACCACGCCAUUAUUGGCGGGAUCGUGGCUUUCAUCGUCUUCCUGCUGCUCAUCCUGCUCAUUUUCCUCGGCCACUACUUGAUCCGGCACAAAGGAACCUACCUGACACAUGAGGCUAAAGGCUCUGACGAUGCCCCUGACGCUGACACAGCCAUCAUCAACGCAGAAGGCGGGCAGUCGGGCGGGGACGACAAGAAGGAAUAUUUCAUCUAGGGUGCCCACCCACCUCCUGUGCCCCUCAGGGGCCCCACGGGGACUGCUGGGGCCAUUACCAACCCGGACUUGUACAGCGCGACCCCAGGGCCGCCCCUCCCGCUUGCUUCCUCGCCCCCCACCCCCUGUACAGAAUGUCUGCUUUGGGUGCGGUUUUGUACUCGGUUUGGAAUGGGAAGGGAGGAGGGGGGGUUGCCUCAGCCCUAUCUGUGGCUUCUCUGCAUUUGGGUUCUUAUUAUUUUUGUAACAAUCCCAAAUCAAAUCUGUCUCCAGGCUGGAGGGGCAGGGGCCCUGGGGAGAGGAAAGCAAAACACCUGGAGCUUUAGGAGGACAGCGAGGGUGGAGGGGUAAGGACAGGAGAGGAGCAGGGCUGGUGGGAUGGGGGCUCUUGCCAGGCCCCCAUCCUCUACAACAGAUCAGCUUCCUGGACUUCUCUGGGAGCGGGGACGUUACGAGCAGGAGCUAGAGGUGGCCUUUCUUCUGCUGAGAGUCACACACCUGGAGCUACGGACAGAGACACAGGUGCCUCUCUGACACCUAUCCCACCUCAAUGGGAAAGGGGUGAAUGGAGGAGUCCCUGAGGAGAUGUGACCUGCAGAUGGCAAGUAGCCACACAGAGACCCACAGCUUGCACAUGGUGAGGACAUGGGUCCCUGCCAGAAGGAAUAGAUUUGGAGAAGAAAGUUGGCAGAGAUGGCCCCAUCUUCCCCUUGAUCCCCAGGGUGGACGAAGCCAGGCCAUUUUUACAGGAACCACCACUGAGGAUAGCAAGGCAGGGCCGCCCCCUCUUGCUCCAGCAGCUGUGGGAGAGGCGCUGCUCUGGGCCUACCUGCGUCUGCCUCCCCUGCUUCCCUGCCCAGGGUCUCCUCACUCUCACUCAAGCCCUGGACUGUUGCUCAGCAACCACUUCUCUUAUGGAAUUGCUCAGCAAUUCCUCCUCCCACCCUGUGCUGCUUUGCCCCUUUCAGUUCCGAAGCCCUCCCUUAGUCCUUCCUCCCUUCCCCAGCAGCCAGGCAGACAACCACGAAAAUACUAAAAGGAGCGUCACUGCGCUAAGCUGUUUCCUGCCCAAAGGAAGGGAAUAAUGUGAACUCUGUGAGUGUGAGGAUGUGUGUGCGUGUGCAUGCCUGUGUGUGAGAGGCAACAAGGUGGGUCCUGGGCAAGUGGGCGGGCUGUGGGACAUGUAAUGGAGGGCUUUGGGAGCGGAGGAUUCCUAACCAGCUUUGUACCUCCUAUGCCACCCCUAGUGCCCAUCUGUCGUGGAGAAAACAGUCCCAGGAAGCAUUGUGCUCAGUUGUCCAUCUCGCUUCACCCUAAAACACAGAGCAUCAAACCCCUGCCUCAGUCUCCCUUCUCAGAGCUAUGGAGUCAGUGCCACAGCCUUUGCUAUGCACCCCUCAGGCCUCUCCCUAGCCCUGAUCCUGGCAAGAUCACCGUCAUUUCAUUUUCCCAUAGUCUGUACACAGCGAGUUGAGGGCUGGGAGUGAAACCUAUUCCCUUCCCAUCUCUACCCCUGCUUUUGAUUUUCUGUCUUCCUUUGUGGUCCAAGCUGGUUGCCAUGGAGAUGAGGUUGCUCACCCACCCUGUCCAGCCAGCUACCCUGUCUCAGACCCAAGAUGCUCCUUGGCACUGCUCUCACCCUCCUCCAGCAUGUCUUCCCUGCUCUAAUAACCCAGGGGUGUGCAAAAUGGAGGGAACUGCAUCUAACAGGUGUGACCCAAACCCCUCAGUUCAGGUCAUACCGUUGCAAAUCUUUCAGCCGCUGGUUAGGGCCCUAGGCAUCACAGGCAACCCUGCCCCUCUAAGCCAGGGCCCCUCCUCUUAAAGCAAGGCAGCCUAGGGCCUCAGGCCUUUCUGGCUCCUGUCUCCCAGCACCUGCUUUUGGGAAAACGACUUUUCCUUUUUGAGCUGAACCACUCUAUCCAUAUUACACAGAAGCCAUAUUUGUACCGGGGGGUGGGAAGGGAGAAGGGUCGUUGUGCUGUGUGUGUCUGUCUGUGGGCUGGGGGUGGGGAAGGGAGCAGGGAGGGAAUCGUGUAUCUUUAUAAUCUUUUUAACUCUCCUGUGCUAAUCUCAGAAGGGCACCCUCAAUAUAUCUGGAUCACCGUGUUGCUUGGCUGCCUCCUUCUUGCUGUUCUUGCUUCUGUGGGGAUGCAUGUGUAAGGAUGGCUCUGCUGGUACCCUUAUACCUGGUACCUCCAGGAGUCACGUGCGCCUCACCAGGCCACUCUCCCAAGGACAUCUCUGUAUGGAAACAAUACAACUCUCCAAGGGAGAGACGUGUGUUUA